GUCUAAAAACAUUUGAUUUUACGCCUGCCUUUUUAAAAUGAGUGAUGAUUAUUUGAGUAAACCCUUGUCAUUGGCACCAACCACGGGAAGUGACGAGCCCAAAACAUCAUCGCGUUUCUCAAAUGUUACUUCGGCGUCGACUACGUUCGGUGCACCAAUUUCACCAUAUCUAAACUAUGACCCGCGAUUUUUGCAACAAGCCCAGCCGGAAUUCAUCUUUCCUGAGGGUGCUACCAAACAAAGAGGUCGCUUCGAAUUGGCCUUUUCACAAAUUGGCAGUUCUGUCAUGGUUGGAGCUGGCAUUGGCGGAGUGGCUGGUUUCUACAAUGGUCUGAGAACAACAAAGGCUUUGCAACAGACUGGAAAACUGUGGCGGACACAGAUGCUCAAUCAUGUUAUGAAACAAGGCUCAGGCACAGCCAACACAUUGGGCACAUUAGCUGUAAUGUAUUCAGGUUUUGGUGUACUGUUACAAGCUGUACGCGGUGAAGAUGACGAUAUCAAUACAGUGGUGGCUGGUACCGCCACAGGUUUACUAUACAAAUCUACAGCCGGUUUAAGGAAGUGCGCCAUUGGCGGUGCCGUAGGCCUGGGAAUCUCUGGCCUCUAUUGUCUAGCUCAGUUGGCUAGAGCGAAUGCCGCUUCGAAUGGUAAUUCCGGCAUGAAAUUCCUCUAAGCAAAUAUGCCAUAAUUAAGCUUUUCUUUUUAUACAAUAUCUGGUCCUUAUUUUCUUCUAGGGCUUUGAAUAAGUCUUCAUUACAAAAUAGCAAAUAAGCGAUUUUCUUUAUCUGAGAUAUGAUCUACACAUUGCAAAUGUUUUGCUUCUCAUUAGUAGCAACUGUUUUAGAAUAGCCUUAAAUUUAAGUUAUGUUGAGUUGACUCCAAAGCAAAACCAAUGGGAAAAUAGACAUACGCAUAACAAGAUCAAAACAGAAAAAGAUUUCAGUGUUGUACAAUUUGCUACGAAAUUUCGAACCACGAAAUUCUCAUGUAUUUUUUUUGUACAUUUUAUGUUAAUAUGAGACAUUUUUAAUAUAAGUUACCUCUAACAUGUAAACAUU